AGAUUAGAUGGAAUCUAGUUCACGACGUCACGUGGCCUUGGAGUCACUGGAUAAAACAAAGAAGUUGAAACUGCCAAGGCAGGGUUUGAGUUCUGAACAGCCUCAACAAUGUCGGAAGUGCCUAUAAUCUUAGUAACUAGCAGUGAAGACGAAGACGAACAAGUCGUAACGAACGUGAGCAAGAUCAGAAAGCACGAAGAUGAGUACAGAUUGAUAUCAGAUCUGAGUGGCUUUGAAAACCUCAGGGCCAUGGUUGAGGCCGACACUUUACUUAAAGCGAAGAGAAUGGAGAGAAAGAAAACGAACAAAAAGGAGACUGAAAGGAAACGGACGGGAAAAACAGAGAAGAUAACGUUUGUAAAUGUCGAGCCCGAAUUAGAAAACCCCCUGAUCUUUUUAGAAAGCAGCGAAGAUGAAGAAGCGAACAACGUGAAGAAGAGGAAAUACGAAGAUGAACACAAAGGGAUUUCAGAUCUGACUGGUUUUGACAACCUCAGAGCUAUGAUUGAGGCCAAGGCUCUCAAAAGGAGGAACAAGAGGAAGAGAAAUACAAAGAAGGAAAACAAUAUGGCAGAAAGAGUGGAGAAAAGUAUACCGUUAAAGAUGGAAUCAAAAAUAGAAAAACCUAUGAUUUUGAUAGCAAGCAGUAAAUAUGGAGAUGCAAACAUGGAUAAGAGAAAAUUAGAAGAUGAAUACAAAGUGAUUUCAGAUCUGAGUGGCUUUGACAACCUCAGAGAUAUGUACGAGGCAGAGGCUAUCCUGAGGUCGAAGAAGAGGAAGAGAAGGAAAAAUAAGAUUGAAUGUAAUGCUCAAGAGAAAGUGUCGGUUGAUGCUACGAACGAGACGAAGCAGUUGGAUAGAAAUCAAGCUUUAGACUCAACAGAAGCAUUGGUUACCGAGUCAGUUGAGGAGCUAGGGAUCUACUUGUUGGAGAAGAUGUUCUCUCUAGAGCUCUCCCUCCAAAGGUUGAAGAAGAAGUCGAAGAAGAAGCCCCUUUGAAGUCUUAUGGAUCUCCCUUUUUAUCUGAUCCUCUUCCCAUGUGCGCCUCGGUAGUGGUGAGGGAUAUCCGCUUUGCGUGUCUGACCCCUUCUCACUUUCCCACUUUCUCUUAACACCCCCUGUCUCCUGACACCCUCACCCCUUGUCCCUUCUUGUCCCCUCUCCCUUUCUCUUAUUUUGUCUCCUAGUGAUGGCUUGGUGUGCUGGGUCUGGUCUUGGACCUGGUGUAUUUUACCCCCUCACACGGCCCAUUUGAGGAUAGUUGAGGUGAACAUUACCCUAUAUGUACUGGCCUUGGAGGCUCUUAAGUUGAGUCUAAAGAAUCAACCAGAAACUAAUAGAAGAUUUUUCUCUCUUCUUUCUUAUCUAUCUCUAUUUUUCUUUGAGGUUCUCACCCUCAAGCGAGAUUGUUCUUUCAAAGGUGUGUUACAAUAGCUCAUCAUUUUACAGGAGAAGAAUAUGACACAAAGAUCACAGAAAAUAAUGAAGGGAAACAUGGAGUCAGCAAUAGAAAGGACUAUGAAUUUGGCAGCAACCAUUAAUGAUGAGGAUGCAAACAACACAAAGAAGAGAAAACGCAAAGAAGAGUACAGAAUGAUUUCAGAUCUUACUAACUUCGACAACCUCAGAGCAAUGUAUGAUGCAGAGGCUUUCAUGAGGAAGAGAAAGACCGCAUAAAAGCGGGAAGAAAAGGUUGUAUAUAAUGCCCAAGAGGAAAGAGAUCACUGGUUGAUACACGUGCCUUCAAAUUUUCCAUUCUGAUUCAAGACUCGUAGGCUUGUAUCUCAUAUCCUUCGUAAUUCCUGAUCAAGUGACCUGACUUCACUUCCCAAUGAUCAUCCACGAUAAUCUCGAUUCAUCAGAGUAGUCUUUUCUGUUCACUAGAAAUGGAGCAGUCAGAUAGAAUUCAAUCAGUAGAAAUAACAGGAGUGUUGGAAACCGAUUCAAUUGAGGUUCAUUGAAUGUGACUUAUUAUAUAUUCUCGUUGAGUCAUUAUCACUAUUAGCGGUGGAGGUACGUUGAUUUU